AUGGUGCACAAAACUCUGUGCUUUGGGCUUUUGGGCAUUCUAUUUGCCUAUUAUGUUUAUUUACCCAUGCCAGAAAACAUUGAAGAACACUGGAAAAUAAGAAUUGCGGAUGCUGUUACAAAAAUGAUUUCACUUGUGGCUACAUUAUUUGAAAAUAUAGGUCUUAUGAAGUAUGAAGAAUUAUUUUUCACUUUAUCAACAUGUUUCCUUACAAAACAAGUUUCAGAUGACAACAUUACAGUGAUUGACACAGACUUUAGUAACAUUCCUGUUCGUCUAUACUUGCCCAAAAGGAAGUCUGAAAGACAUAGACGAGCAAUAAUUUUCUUUCAUGGUGGUGCCUUCGUGCUUGGAAGUUGCAAGAUGUUUUUCUAUGACUUCCUAAAUCGAUGGACUGCAAAUAAACUUGAUGCUGUUGUCGUGGGUGUAGACUACAGACUUGCUCCUCAGUAUCCAUUCCCAAUAGCCCUUGAAGAUUGUGUUUCGGUGGUCAAGUUCUUUCUCCAAGAUAAAAUUUUUACAAAAUAUGGAGUGGAUCCUACUCGCAUCUGUAUUUCAGGAGACAGUUCUGGGGGUACAUUGUCAGCAGCAGUGACCCACCUGCUACAGGAUGAUCCAGAAUUCAAGGAUAAAAUUAAAGCACAAGCCUUGAUAUACCCUUGCCUACAGAUCAUUGAUACCCUCACACCAUCUUAUCGAGAGUAUGAACAUGGCCCUUUGCUCCCAAAGGAGGUGGCAAUCAAUUUGGCAUCCCUGUAUCUGACUAAAGACAAAGAGCUGCCACGGGCAGCACUGAGAAAUGAGCACAUGCCUCAAGACUCAAGACAUCUGUUCAAGUUUGUUAACUGGAGUGUCUUCCUCCCUGAGAAGUACAAAAAGAACCAUGUUUACACUGAACCGAUUCUUGGAAAACUAAAUGCUUCCUAUCCAGCACUUGUGGAUAGCAGAGUAUCACCUUUGCUAGCUAGUGACUCCAAGUUACAGAGUUUGCCAUUAACCUACAUACUCACCUGUGAACAUGAUCUCUUUAGAGAUGAUGGAAUUAUUUAUGCUACACGAAUUAGAAAUGCUGGGGUUCAAGUCACUCAUGAACACAUAGAGGAAGGAAUUCAUGGAGCCCUGUCAUUCACCACAGCACCAUUGUUUUUAAAUCUCGGAUUCAGAAUAAGAGAUAAGUAUAUUAGUUGGUUAGAGAAAAAUCUGUAA